AAAUCAACUGAUUCUCUUCUUCAAUCUUCUCACACACACUUCCUCUCUAUUUUUUUCCACCCCUUCAAAAUUUUCCUCCCAUUUUCCCUCUUCCAUUCCACCACCAUGAUCGAUUCCGAUUCCGAUUCCGAUUCCGAUUCCACUCCCAACAAGAAGCAGAGAACCACCGUCGUAUUGAACCAUUUCGAUGUCCCUCUGAUUUCCUCCGCCUCCAACGGCGUCGUUUCGCCCUGCGACUCCAUGCGCCUCCACGCGGACUACCCGUACUCGAUCGGCCGAAAACCUCGCGACUGCGACUUCGUCUUCCAUGACCGCCGCGUCAGCAAGCGCCAUUGCCAGAUCUUCUUCGACGGUUCCCUCCGCAAGCUCUACCUUCUGAGCGGAGUUCUGUCAAAUAGCGAUUGCUCUACCAUCACCACCAACGCUCAUCUUGUUCACGAGUUCCGGAAAAGGGUAGUGAUGGGGUCUCGCGGCAGUGACCGUAUUCCGUUUCGAGAAGCUUCCAACGGGGUUUUCGUGAACGGAGUCGAGAUCGGGAAGGGAAUGGCGGUGGAGUUAUCGGCUGGAGAUAGGGUUUCGUUGGUUUGUGGAAACCAGAGCGGUUCUUGUGAUGUUGGGAAUCGGAUAGGAUUUGUUGUUCAGAGGAUUGUCCUUGAAGGGUGUGAAUGGGAUCGUGAUGGUGGUGGUGAUAGUGUUGAAAUUGAUGGGUUAACGUUCUCGGGCCAUUCGCAAAGUGGGAAGCGAAGCAAGAGGGUUUUUGCUGUGAAGGUUGGUGUUUCGAGAUGUGAGGGUGUUGUUGGGAGAGCAAGGUUUCUUCUAGAUAAGUGUAGAGACAUAUUGCUCAGUGAUGAUCCUUUGUCUUGCAUUUCGCGUGCGGUUUCGGAUUUACCAUCAAGGGUGGUGGAAAACACAAGUACUAGUGGAGGUGGUGUUGGACUGUCAAGUUCAGCUAUGCUUUGUGAGAGUAAAGUGAUGGAUUUGGAGGCAAAAAGUGAGCAUUUUGGUGGAAGAGGGAAUGCGGGGGUUGCUUGUGUGAGUGCUAUGGAUGAUAACAAUCAUGAUGCGGCGCUGCGAGAUUCUGUAGCGAAGGAUAGUCUUCCUUCUUGUGGCGCGUUUCAUCCACCGCCCGGGAAGAAUUUUUACCUGAAUCGCCUUGAGUUGAUGGACCAUGGGUCCUCCUCGGGUCUUCAUCAUUCCAUAUCUCUCCCUGAGCUUAUUUAUCCUGUUGAAAGCAUUUCAAGGAUGUUCAUUGCAACAUUUACAAGUGACAUAAAAUGGUUCUUGACAUAUUGUAAGAUCCCUUUUCAUCUGCCAGUUACGAUUGCUUGUCACAAUACUGAGAGAUGUUGGAGUUCAAGGCCAGAUGAAAGAGAAUUUGUGCCUUAUCAGGAUUAUCCUAACCUAGUUGUAGUGUGUCCUCCAUUCCCGGAAACCAUAGCAUUUGGCAAUAACCGCAAAAAACAGGGGAUUGCUUGCCAUCAUCCAAAGUUGAUUGUUGUGCAAAGAGAAGAUAGUAUUCGAGUUGUCAUUACAUCUGCAAAUUUGGUGGAAAAGCAGUGGAACUAUGUGACUAACACUAUAUGGUGGCAAGAUUUCCCUCGCGGCAAUUCUGUUGACUUUGCGUCACUUUUCCCAAAAAUUGAUGAUGGUGAAAUCCAUAGUGACUCAAAAUGUGAUUUUGCUGCUCAGUUGGCUGGGUUUAUGGCAUCUCUUGUUAUUGAUGUACCUAGCCAGGCUCAGUGGAUUACUCAGUUGACAAAAUAUGACUUUGAAGGUGCAACAGGACAUCUUGUUGCUUCAGUACCUGGAAUUCACUUUUACAGAACUUCUGUUCUGUUGGAAUCAUUUCAGACAUCUCCUUUUCUUGGUUCAGUUGUGGCAUCUGUGGUGGGUUUGAGCCAUCUUUUCCGUACUGUAGCGGACUCAAACAGUGCAAGACUAAAAACACUGGCUGUUUUUCUUAGAAAGUCUUGUAGGAAGGCUAAUGGGUGGUUGGAGAUUGUUUUAAGGAGAAAUUCCAGUGUGCCUGCUGAUAAAAAUGCUGUUAGCGUUCUUAUUCCGAACCCUGAUGAAACUUCUGAGGGAGACUAUGUUCAACUUGGUUUUCUGCCUAGAGAUGUGGCGAAAUGGAUUUCUCCUCUUUGGGAUGCUGGAUUCUUCAUAUUUUCUGGAUGUGUUUGUCCAGUAGAGGCCCUCGCAGCUGCCUUAGGAGAGAACUCCAAGAAAGUUCAACUGAUACUAAAUGUGUCAGAGGGGCCUCAUUUUCAAGAUAUGCCAAAGAUGAUGCAAUCUGAACAAAUUGUCGCAUUUUGCUCGCUCAUUGCUUCUAUUCAAAGAUGUUAUGGCCUCUGGAGAUUACAAGAGGUUCUGAAUCGAUAUAGAUGGCCUGAAUCAUUAGAGUCUGAAAUUAUUUAUGGUGCAUCUUCUAUUGGUUCAUCUGUCAAUUCAAAAUUUCUCGCAGCAUUUUCGGCUGCUGCUGGGAAGAAAUCAUUGCAACAUUUUGAUUCAGAAGAGUCUGAUCCAGAAUGGGGCUGCUGGAAUGCAAACGAAGAAUUGAAGAAUCCUUCUGUGUGGAUUAUUUUCCCCACUAUUGAAAGAGUUAAGAAUGCUUAUAAUGGGAUUUUGCCGUCAAGACGCAUGCUCUGCUUCGCAGAGAGAACAUGGCAAAGGUUGAAGACUUUUGAUGUACUCCGUGAUGCCAUCCCUCAUCCCUGCGAAAGAAUAGGGCAUCCAAUGCAUACUAAGGUGAUACGUAGAUGCUUCUGGUCUAAGGGGGAUGCACCUUCCAUUGGUUGGGUAUACUGUGGCUCUCAUAAUUUUAGCGCUGCUGCCUGGGGGCGACAAAUUUCAAAUCCAUUUGGUACAAAAGCCAGUGAACCUAAAAAGGUGGACCCUUCAGUGAAUUCCGGCCUUCACAUUUGCAAUUAUGAACUUGGGAUUAUAUUUACCUUUCCUCCAAUAGAAAAUAACUAUUGUUCUGAAGUUCAAAGAACCAAACUAGAUGAUAUAAUUCUUCCGUUUGUUGUGCCUGCACCUAAAUAUGGUUUUAGAGAUAGGCCAGCUACUAUGCAAGCUAUGAGGGAGGCUAUGGCUGAACUUAAUAAACUAGAGGAGAAAAAUGCUGAAGAAGAAUUGAUGGAAGAAGACCUUCUUGAGGAAGAGGAAGAAAUGGAAGCAACCAAUAAUGUUGGAGAGGAGAUGGAAGAGGAAAAGGCAUAUGCUGAGAUACUCUGGAGUCAGGUUGAUUCUUCCCAGAGCAGUUGAACUGAUGCAAGAAGCAAUGCUGGGAGAAACAAGCAGUGAAUGAAGAUAUCAACAGGAGUAUUUGAUGCACAAUUCUCAAGGUAAAAUGGAGAUUACUAUGUUGGGGUUAGGGGAGUUGUGUAAAUUUGGUUCUGGUCUCUAGAUGCAAGGUUUCAUGGGAACUUACAGAGAUAGUGGCAAUUAUCUAACUUGGGAGGAAGUCAAGGCUUAUCUUAAGAAAUUAGGAUUAAAGAGCAAAACCGUUGACUUCCUGUCUAGAGAAAGUGAAUGGGAAGACUCAUCUUACAACCUCCUCUUUGAAGCAAAAUGAUUUGGACUUGGAGCAGAAGUUAUUACUUUUCAACCUCAAGUGGUUUAGUCCAAUUUAGGCACGGUGGAUUAUUGAUACCACUUUCUAGCCUCAGGUCCCAAGCCUAGUUGCUCCAAGCGCUUUGGCAUCUGGGUUCCUCCUCCACAUGGUUGGGUUCCUUCAUGAAAGAUAUUAGGAAGAUAGGCGGAACUACUCAUGGAAGGAACACUGUCGCUUUUCUCAUAGUUUGAGGAUUCAAUUGGAGGAUUUGAAAGUGAUGUCUACAAGGUGUGACCUAUGAUAAUUAGAUGAUGAAAGUUGUGUAAAUAUGAGGGGAUGUGUAUAGCAUUAGUUAUUUUUCCUGCUACAGGAGGCUGUUGCUGCCAUUUCUCAGGCUAGAAGAGAUCCAAAAGCAGCAAUGCUUGUUCUAUGAUCCAACUGGGGUUUUGCAAAAUCUUCUGCAGCAUGCUACUUUGGAUCAUUCAGGCUUUACAUUGUAUAUAUUUUAGGAUUUAGGUUCAACAUUCAACUCCAAGACAUUCAUUGCAAGUACACUGCAGAAGGCUGCAACCACCUCUUAUCCCGUAUUUGGGAACACAUUAGCAGGUCAUGGUUACGUCUCAAAAUCACAUAUCAAGCGAAGCUACAAGUUGUACCAUCCGCUAUUUUUUCCAGCACAUUGUUAUUAUUCAAUUAUCAGAUCAAUUGCUGUGUAUACCAAUUUACUCAAUUGUUGAGAGAAAUAAUGUAUUAUUUGAGUCUGUAACAUGAUAUUACGAUUGACCAUAUAACUGAUCCUGUUUAAUAAAAAAAAAUGCUUUGGGUUGGGUGACUA